ACUUUACACACUAUAGUCACAACUUGGAUUAAUUUGUUGAAAAAAAACCUUCAUCUUUUUACUGGUUGACCCGUACGAACUAAAGGAAUAUAAAUUAUCAAGGAAUCACAAAUAUUUGGAUUUUAUAACCGCUUUGAAGGUAAUUGGACUCCAAAAUGUCUGAGGAAGAAGUAGUAGUUGAGGAGAUGCUGGAGGAGGAGGCAGAAACCCAGCAAGAGGAAGAAGAAGCUGCACCGGAAGUUGAAGAGCCUCCUGCUGCAGAAGAUGAAGAAGAGUUUCCAGCUGCAGAUGAAGAUGACUCCAAGCCAAAGCCAAAGUCAUUUGCUCCACCUUUAACUGUACCAAAGAUACCAGACGGAGAGAAAGUCGACUUUGAUGACAUCCACAGGAAGCGACAGGAGAAGGAUCUGACUGAGCUGCAGUCUCUGAUUGAGGCCCAUUUCAUUCAGAGGAAGAAGGACGAGGAGGAGCUCAUCGCUCUCGUUAACAGGAUCGAGAAGCGUCGUGCUGAGAGGGCUGAACAGCAGAGGAUCCGUGCUGAGCAGGAGAAGGAGAGGCAGACUCGUCUUGCUGAGGAAAAGGAGAGGAAGGAGCAGGAGGAGGCACGAAAGAAGCAAGAUGAGGACGCCAAGAAGAAGAAGGCUCUGACUAACAUGACUCAGCAGUAUGGUGGCGUCCAACAGAGGCAAGAUGGAAAAAGAGGAGCAAAGAAGCAGACGGAGAGAGAGAAGAAAAGGAAGAUCCUGGCAGAGAGGAGGAAGCCUCUUAACAUUGACCAUCUCAGUGAGGACAAAGUGAAGGAAAAGGCAAAUGAGCUGUGGCAGUGGUUGAUGACACUGGAGGCUGAGAAGUUUGACCUCACCGAGACACUGAAGAGACAGAAAUAUGAUAUCAAUGUACUGCAGACCCGAAUCAAUGAGCAGCAGAAGUUAUUAAUCUGCUCUUGGCUCGCAUUCAGGACAGCCAGAGGAAGAACGCAAGACGCCUGUGUUAAAUCAGCUGCGCCAAGGGAAGAGGCAAGGCCAAAGGCAGGCUGAGAUAGACACAGACAUCAGCAGGAGUUCUUCAAGGAAGAUUCUGGAAAUGAGCAGCAGUAUUGACUUCCAAGACAUUAAUGUAUACGUAAACAAUAAUACAGUACUGCAACAGCUGAUUUUAGAGAAACAAUAAAAUGACUUAUGCUUUUGA